CAUAAAGUUAGUCAUUAACACACUUUAAACAUCACAUUCUCCAUUCCUGUUCCAUUCUUAUUGUUCAAAAUUUCUCAUCUGAGGACAAAUCUGGCCUCUAACUAUCCUGCUCAUAUUUUGGAAUACGGGUCUGUUGCCAUAAUGAGGAGCCUCUUCCUCUGUAUCUCAGUGCUGGUUGUAAUGUGGUCUGAUUGGGCUCUUUGCAAGUCAGUAUUUUUUAACAGCCCAAAAGCACACAUGCUCCUGCGGUCGAGAAGAGCCAACACUUUUAUGGAGGAAGUAAAGGCCCCUUCAUUGGAGCGGGAGUGUAGGGAGGAACUGUGCGAUUUUGAAGAAGCGAGGGAAAUCUUUAAGACGAGGGAGGCCACGUUGGAAUUCUGGACAGCGUAUAAAGAUGGAAACCAGUGUGACUCGAAUCCAUGUGUUCAUGGGCAGUGUGUGGAUCUGUUACAGGAUUACUCCUGCACCUGCAACUCUGGAUUUGAAGGGAGACGAUGUGACCUACCAAGGACAGCCUCUAACUGCUCUGUGAACAAUGGGGAUUGUGAUCAUGAAUGCCACGAGAGAGAGGAUGGUCUUGCUCGCACGUGCAGUUGUAUUGAAGGAUACCAACUCCAAGACAACUCUAGAAAAUGUACUCCCAAAAAUGAAGCUUCAUGUGGCCAGAUUCGGAUUGUAAAGUCAUUCUAUAAAAAUAAGCCUUUAGUAGGUUUACAGCCAUGGGUCGUAGGAGGUACAGUUGGCAAAAAGGGAGAGAGUCCCUGGCAGGCUCUUAUACUAAAUAAUCAAGGCAAGUUUCACUGUGGUGGAGUUCUGAUUGACGAAAACUGGGUUCUCACUGCUGCUCACUGCCUAGAGACAAGUACAAGGUUCAGUGUCAGAUUGGGUGACUAUGACCGGUUAAGGAAGGAAAAUACUGAGAUGACCCUUCCUGUCAAACAACCAAUCUCCCACCCUGAAUACAACCCUUAUACAGUGGACAAUGACAUAGCUCUGUUGCGCUUGGCUACACCAGCCACAUUUUCCACAUACAUACUCCCAGCAUGCCUCCCCAGUCAGGAGCUGGCAGAACGAAUGCUGCAUCGCAACGGUACCAUAACGGUCGUCACUGGCUGGGGGAAGGACAACGAGACUGCUAAUCAUUUCAGUUCAACUCUCAACUUCAUUGAAAUUCCUAUUAUGGACAAAAACGAGUGUUCAAGGCAUAUGAUGAACAACCUCACUCAGAACAUGCUAUGUGGGGGAGUGCUGGGACAGAACAAAGAUGCUUGUGAGGGGGACAGCGGGGGUCCAAUGAUGACACUCUUUCACGACACAUGGUUCCUCGUAGGUCUGGUGUCCUGGGGAGAAGGCUGUGGGCAAAGAGACAAGCUUGGCAUCUACACCAAAGUGUCUGGCUAUUUGGAUUGGAUAAACAGUGUUCGUCAGGGGUGGGAUAAAGUCUAGCCUAUACCCUGUUCUGCAUAUCAUAGAAAACAUAAACAUGAAUCGGAAACAAAUCAAUGUACUCACUACAGUUAUUCCGAUAUAGAGAUUGGCAGUUAAUAAACACAUAAAUGCAAGAGGCUCUUAUUUUCCUGUUAUCUGCAUGUUUAAGGAAAUCAAGCUGUAAGUCAAAUGAGGAGUUCAACUAAACAAAUGUUACAUAUUAUGUGUUUUAAUGAGUAUAUAAAAGUAGCACACACUU